AUGACUGAAACGAUGGCGCUGAGUGGGAACUGUAGGACUAACCCCAAAGAGCAAGCAUCAGUUCAGAACAGUUUCCCAGAUGUUGUUGAAUUAAACGUAGGGGGGCAGGUUUAUUACACGCGUCACUCAACUUUGGUGGGCACCCCGAAUUCACUACUCGGUAAGAUAUUCUCUUCCAAAAAAGACGCAUCUAAUGACUUGGCAAGAGACCCCAAGGGCCGUUAUUUCAUCGACAGAGACGGGUUUUUAUUCCGGUAUGUGUUGGACUACCUCCGAGACAAGCAAGUCGUCCUCCCGGACCACUUCCCGGAGAAAGGGAGGCUCAGGAAAGAGGCAGAAUACUUCCAGCUGCCUGAUUUAGUGAAGCUCCUGACCCCUGAGGACAUCAAGCACAGUCCGGACGACUACUUCCACAGCGACUAUGAGGAUGGCUCCCAGGGCAGCGACCACCGGCAGUGCCCGCCGCCCUCUCUCGUCCCCGCGGACAGAAAAAGCGGCUUCAUCACGGUGGGGUACCGGGGAUCGUGCACCAUGGGCCGAGAGAGUCAGUCCGACGCCAAGUUCAGGAGGGUACCCCGGAUACUGAUAUGCGGGCGGGUGGCCCUCGCCAAAGAAGUUUUCGGGGAGACCCUGAACGAGAGCCGAGACCCAGACAGGACCCCCGAUCGGUACACCUCCCGGUUUUACCUCAAGUUCAAGCACCUGGAGAGGGCUUUUGACAUGCUGUCGGAGUGUGGUUUCCAAAUGGUGGCCUGCAACUCGUCAGUCACCGCCUCGUUUGUCAACCAGCACACAGAGGACAAGAUCUGGUCCAGCUACACAGAAUAUGUCUUCUACCGUGGUCCAUCACGUUGGUCCUCCCCUCCAUGUGACUGCUGCUGCAAGAACCACAAGGGCGACGGUGAGGGCGAGAGCGGCACCUCCUUCAACGAGCUCUCCACCUCCAGCUCUGAGAGUCAGUCAGAAGCAAGCUCUCCCCAGGGAACGGUCAUCUGUGGCCCCGUCAGCCGCCAGUCACACCCCCACCCCAAUGUCCAAACCUUGGACAGGCCGCCGAAAAAGGGCCCCAUCGCCAUGCUCCAGCAGUCCGAACAGCGGCGGAAGAGUGACUUGCUGCGCACGCUUACCGCGAGCUCCCGCGACACCAGCACCUGCAAGAAAAGGCAGGCUAAAGAGAAGCCGACGGUUGAGGAGGAGCUGGAAAAGUGCAUUCAAGACUUCCGGAAGAUCAAAAUCCCAGAGAGGUUCCCCGAGAGGAAGUACAUGUGGCAGGCUGACCUGCUGAGAAAGUACCGCCUCUGA